GACAGCGUAGGGCAGGCGGAAUAAACUCAGCUGUCAUGCAUAUUUCCCCCUCUGUGCAGUAUCUGGCAAGUGUGGUGCUGCCUGCCGGUUGUUGUGGGCAGUUUCAAGGACGAGAGCAAGUUCACAGUACGCUCAAGAGGGUAAUUUCAACAGUGAUGGCGCAUCAAAGGCAUUUUUCUGAGUUUUGUUGUUGAUGUUUGGUUUGAAGAGAAGGGAUGGAUGUCCGCAUGGUUCUGGGGGGUCCAGAUAACAUUCUACUGGCCAAUAAUCCUGACGCAGGAAGCGGCUGUCUGAAGCAUCCCUGUGAGGACCAGGACAGAAGCUCCAGCCCAUCUGUCCUUCGUUCUGUGACCACCACGUGGAAGGAGGGUCUUCUGAACAGAAAGAGACCAUUUGUUGGAAGAUGCUGUCACUCGUGCACACCCCAGAGUCAGGAGAGGCUGUUCAAUCCCAGCAUCCCUUCUCUAGGUCUCCGUAAUGUGAUUUACAUUAAUGAAACGCACACAAGGCACAGAGGUUGGCUUGCACGGAGGCUGAGUUAUGUGCUGUUUGUCUUGGAGAGAGAUGUCCGGAAGGACAUGUUUGCUCGCAAUGUGGUGGAGAACGUGCUUAACAACAGCAGGCUGGAAUGUGCUAUCGUGGAGGUAGCAUCCGAGGGUGAUGGCGCAGAUGCAGAGUCUGGAGUGGAUCCCAAAGCCGUCAGCAAAGUUAAACGGAAGGCCAGAGGAUUCCUGCAGGAAAUGGUUGCCUACAUCUCACCUGCCUUCAUCAGAUUAACAGGAUGGGUGUUGUUGAAACUGUUUAAUGGAUUCUUCUGGAGCAUUCAGAUUCAUAAAGGUCAGCUGGAGAUGGUGAAGAAAGCAGCAUCUGAGUACAACGCUCCCCUGGUCUUCCUUCCUGUUCACAAGUCCCACAUAGACUACCUGCUCAUCACCUUCAUACUGUUCUGUCACAACAUCAAAGCCCCUCACAUUGCUGCUGGUAACAACCUCAGCAUCCCCAUUUUAAGCACACUCAUACGCAAACUCGGAGGAUUCUUUAUUCGUCGUAAACUGGAUGAAACUGCUGAUGGAAAGAAGGAUGUGUUAUACAGAUCACUGUUACAUGCAUACACAGAAGAAUUGUUACGGCAGCAGCAGUUUCUGGAGGUGUAUUUAGAGGGCACGCGCUCUCGCAGCGGGAAGCCAUCUCCAGCACGUGCCGGCAUGCUCUCCAUCGUGGUUGAUGCUCUCUGUGCCAGCAACAUCCCUGAUGUUCUGAUUGUGCCUGUUGGUAUCUCAUAUGACCGCAUUAUUGAGGGAAACUACAACAGCGAGCAGCUGGGCAAACCUAAAAAGAAUGAGAGCCUGUGGGGUGUUGCCUGUGGCGUGUUCAGGAUGCUCCGGAAGAACUACGGCUGUGUGCGUGUGGAUUUCACUCAGCCCUUCUCCCUUAAGGAGUACCUGGACACACAGCGCAGUCGGCAUCUUCAGGCAUCUCUCACGCUGGAGCAGAUCCUUCUCCCCACCAUCAUCGCUGCACAACCUGAUCAGGCUGUUUUUAAUGGAGAAGAUGAGGAUCAUCUGAAUUCUAGAGACUUGUCAGAUGAACCCUGGAGGAGGCAGGUCAUCACUAACCUGGCCAAGCACGUUCUCUUCACCGCCUGCAAGUCAUCAGCAAUCAUGUCCACUCAUAUCGUGGCCUGUCUCCUCCUGUAUCGGCACAGACAGGGUGUACUGCUGUCCAAACUGGUGGAGGAUUUCUUCAAUAUGAAGGAAGAGAUAUUGUCACGGGACUUCGACCUGGGUUUUUCUGGGAACUCGGAGGAUGUGGUCAUGCACGCGCUUAGCCUUUUAGGAAACUGUGUGAACGUCACCAGCACCAACAAAAACACAGAGUUCAUCAUCGCCCCUAGCAACACUGUGCCCGCACUCUUUGAGCUCAAUUUCUACAGCAACGGCCUUUUCCAUGUCUUCAUUGGAGAUGCCAUUAUAGCUUGCAGCGCACUGGCCCUGCUGAGAGAACAAUCCGCAACUUCAGUGAAUGAGCAGAAUUCUUCAUCCACGCUGCUCAGCCAGGAGAGACUGAUCCGCAGAGCUGCAGGCCUCUCCCACUUUUUGUCCAAUGAGGUGGCAGUAGCACUGCCUUGUCAGACUUUGUACCAGGUCUUCCAUGAUGCUAUCACCAGGUUAAUCGAGUAUGGUGUACUUACUGUAGCUGAGGAGGACCAGGAGGAGUUGAGCCCAUCUGAGGAGCCUUGGCCCAAGAAGUUUCCAGAGACUCUUUCUUGGCGAAGUGAUGAAGAAGAUGAGGACAGUGACUUUGGAGAUGAACAGAGAGACCGUUACCUAAAGGUGAGCCCAUCACCUGAGCACCAGGAAUUUUAUACUUUUCUGCAGAGGAUUCUCACUCCAGUGCUGGAGGCCUACAGUGGUGCCGCUAUCUUUAUACACAGUCUGAGUUCGCCGAUGUCAGAGAGAGAGUACACCCAUCAGCUUUUCAAGUAUCUGUUAACGCGCACAGAGAGAGGAGUGGCUGCAUAUGGAGAGAGUGCCACACACUACCUCGUAAAGAAUACAGUGAAAACAUUUAAAGAGCUGGGGGUGCUUAAAGAAAGACGAGAGGGUGGUGUGUGCAGUCUGGAGCUGAGCAGCGCUUUCUUACCUCAGGCCAACAGGAACAAACUCCUGCAGUACAUUCUGGGUUUCAGUCUGAUGUGAAGCACUAGGACCAUAAAAGCAGCUGCACGGCUCUCCACACCACUCAAGGGCUUUUUACUGGCUAAUCAUGACUGUCAAAGGUGCUACUCUAAGGAAAGCUUUACCUGGAAGUGCCUUCACCAAACGCCUCAUACUAGACUUAAGUUAGUCUUCCCUUCACUAUAAAACCCUCCACUUAUGCAGUCCUCAAUACACAAGUACUUCUGUCAACACUCUCGUUUACUAGAAGCUUCCACACACACAAUACUGUACCAGUUCUGCCAGUGAAAGCCCUUGGUUUUGAGCUAAAUCGGGGGUCUUUAUAGCUCUGAAUGUUUAUAUGGAGUCAGUUUGGUUUUAGUUUUUAACUCAGAUCAGUACAUGAAUGUCACACUUUAUGAGGUCACCUUCAGUUUUAGCAUUUAACAUUCAUCGCUGAGAUGACAGCUAGUAUUUGAGAGUCUUUAAAAAAAUGGGCAUUUAAUUUUAUUUAACCACUAGUACUGUCAGAGAAAUUGACAUUCUCUAUACUUUCUUUGUCAGAAAGAUUAUGUAGAACAUCUGUUGAUAGUGUGAAAUGGAAAUAGUGACUCAUUCUGCGAAUCGUGCAGCAAUCUUCCAAGUAGUUACUGAAUAAUGUGAGGUAUCAAUGUUCAAAUUGUCACGUUAGUUCAUGUUUACUCACAUGAUGUGGCUGUGAUUGGAUGUCCAUGAAGGUUAGUUACAAUUAUAAUAAUAUUGUGUAAUACAACAAACAGUAGACACAUGUAAUGGUUUUAGCAGGCCUGGAGGAUCAUGAGAGGGGAAACAUUACUGUAAACUGAGCUUGAAUGAGCACUUGGCUGAGCAUCACAAGAUCUAAUUUGUAAUAUUUAGAGGAGGCUCUAUUGCUGCCAGGCAUUUUUAUUCCCUCCUCAGUUACUGGUAUAUUUUAUUUUGGAGUUAAGAUCCUCGGCCGCAGGUCUACUGUACUGUGAGCGUGUGUGCAAUAUGUCUGUAGUAUGUGAAUUAAACUGUAUAUAUGCCACAAAUCUGUCUCAAAGCACAAAAUAACCAGAAUGCAGAUAAAGGCUUGUUGCCCUACUAACCACUUACUCAAAAAGUGCAAUAUUUUGUUUGGUGUAGAAUGAAUCGAAAGGUAAAAGUUGAGGAUACCCUGUACGGUCCCAAACUUAUAAUUUUCAUUCCGUCUUUAUGAGCUUCCAUUUUGAAAACCUCCUCUGCUGAUUUAUCAUUUUUUAUCUUCAUUUGUCAUGUGUUUUGCAUUAUCCCGAAUAUGACCUCAACCUUGUUUUGACAAGUCGUUGAAGAGAAUUUCUUUGUUCGUCAGCCUGUAGAUGUUGCUACGCGAUGGAUCUGUUUUUAUUGUGCAAGAAUGUAGUUGGCAGACAUGCACAUCUUGCGUAGGCUUCUGGGAGACUUAAUAUACGGGGUUCCCAUGCUCAUGGAAAAAAUCUGGAAGUAUCAAGGUACUUUAAGGCUGUGAGUUCCAAGGCUAGGAAAGUUGUGGAAUUUUCUUCAGUGCUUAUAAAUUAGUUAAAUUAAAUAUAAAUGCUCAGCUGUAAAAUGUUAAAAUCCUUAUCCAGUAAACCUGAACUACAGAAAAAGUCAGGAAAAUUGGUCAAAAGUUGUGAAAACCCUGAUGAUAUUAGAAUGUAGAAACUAUGGCAAGCCGUUUUGACUUUUAUUCAUUCUCAGGAUAUGAAUUCUUGAUAUCAAUAAUUAUAUUUCCACUAGUACCAAUUACAGAUACCAAGAAUUCUAGUUUUUACUAGUGGAAAUGUAAUUAUUGAUAUCAAGAAUUGAAUUGUUGAUAUCAAGAAUUCAUAUCCUGAGAAUCAAUAAAAGUCAAAACGGCUUGCCAUAAGAAACCUGUCACGUGAGAAGCUCAAACUGCAGAAUAUAUAAUGGGUUUGAAGCGAUAUUGAACGUUUUUGAGGUAACUGAUUAAAAGCUGUGAAAAUGAUCCCUUUUCAUUUUAAAAUGUAACUAGAGUUAUUUAUACACAAGGCAUAUUUUAGGGCAGAUGUUUCAUGCAUAAAAUCUAUCAAUAUGGCCUCAAACAUUCAGGUUAAAAUGGCAAUAUAAUGGAUCUUCUGAAUGGAGUAAUAGCUUACUACUUAAUAAAUACUGUGCAGUACAUUGCAUACUACCUAUUAUUUGAAUCAUUUGGCUUUAUUCCACAUUUAAAAAUGGACCUCAUCGUAUUGCAUGAUUAAUUAAAAAAAAAAAACUAUUUUUAAUCAUUGUAAUGGCAGUCUAAUAAAAUAAAUCAAGAAAAGUUAAAAAUCACAGCUGAUAUUAUUUACCAUUCAUUUGAAACACAUUGCAAACUCAUUGCAUUGUGAGAUGGACUGUUUCAUACCAUAAGCUCUCCUAUAUAAUGCUCAAUAGGUCAUCUGGGUAUUCUAUGCAUACUAUAUAGUGCAGCAAUAGUAACAGUAGUAUGCUAUUCUGAAUAUAGUCAAUGUUUUUGAGUCAAGGGAGGCUGAGUAAUAGAUCAAGUAUGUGACUCUUCUCUACAGUGUGUGUGAAUGUGUUCAAUUACUGUAGCAUUGAAGAUCGUUGAUUGUAUUUUUGAAAUUUACUUGACAAUAAACAGCCACAUGCAUUAAUCUCUCCCAGCAGACAGCAAUAAGACGUUUAUCAUACAUCCCCUGUCCAUUCACACUGUCAUCAUGUAUAUUCUCAACCCAGUUGAAUUGUUGGUAAUUGCUCAGCAAUUGAUCAAGAGAUCCCAUUUGUGCUGUGAACAAUAUAGAUUUGAGGUGUUAUUUUAAACCAGUCCCAAUCACAUUUAAUGUUCUGAUAUCGAACAAUGUAUUUGUUUUCCUCGACAUUUUUAAAUCCGAUUUGUAUAUAAUUUAGUCUUGUGGGAUGAGUGAGUUUACUAAAUCAAACUCUUUGGUUAACCACUGAUAAUUCUUAUCAAACGCUGUAAAUCUGCAGACAGAAAGUCUUUAUGCUGUUGAACUUUUUUGUAAUUUGGCAUGUUUUCUGAUUGAUGUGUCAUUUAGUGCAAGGUUUCCCAAACUGGGGUUUGUGAGUUGUCGAAAAGCUAAUAAUUAAAUCAUAAAAAUGUAAAUUUAAAAGAAAUAAUUUUAAAAUAAAACACAAAAGAAAAGGUUUGGGAAUCCCUGUUUUAGUGCAUAAUAUUGAAAGAGGAACAAUAACAGUGAGGUCAUACUCAUUUCCUGUGAAGCAUUUACAUGCACUGUUGAAAUAAUGCACUAUGAAAUAAAUGAAUGUUAACAAAUAGUGGAUUUUAUUUUCUAAGUCUGUCCAAAGUUACUUCAGAUGAUUUAAUGCACCAGAAUUUGGACUUGACCGUAACUAAAUGUUGUGAUCAUCACAUAUAUUGUGCAAUGUAGAUUUAAAAUUAUCCAUUGUCAUUAAAGUAAACACGUAGUAACCAUGUUUUGAUUUUUUUGCAGAUUGAUUACCUUUUUGUUUUUUUGUAAAAUGCAAUAAAAUCAAGAAUCUGUGAUUUGUUAA